GCGGUAGGCGGGACUUGGUGUCGGCGGCGGAGCGAAGCGCCGUGUCCGUGUGAGGCGGCUCCAGAACGUUCCGCUCCGCUCCGUGAAACAGCGCCGCCAUGAUGGGCCCGAGGCCGGUGCUCGUGCUCAGUCAGAACGUGAAACGGGAAUCGGGGAGGAAAGUGCAGGCGGGGAACAUCACGGCUGCAAAGACCAUCGCCGACAUCAUCCGCACGUGUCUGGGGCCCAGGGCCAUGAUGAAGAUGCUGCUGGACCCCAUGGGCGGCAUCGUGAUGACCAACGACGGCAACGCCAUCCUGAGGGAGAUCCAAGUGCAGCACCCUGCGGCCAAGUCCAUGAUUGAGAUCAGCCGCACGCAGGACGAGGAGGUCGGGGAUGGGACCACGUCCGUCAUCAUCCUCGCUGGAGAGAUGCUCUCUGUUGCUGAGCAUUUCCUGGAGCAGCAGAUGCACCCGACCGUCAUCAUCGGCGCUUACCGCAAGGCUCUGGACGACAUGAUCCACGUGCUGAAGAAGAUCAGCACCCCAGUGGAUGUGAACAACAGGGAGAUGAUGCUGAAAAUCAUCAAGAGCGCCAUAAACACCAAAGCCAUCAACCGCUGGUCCGAGCUGGCCUGCAGCAUCGCGCUGGACGCCGUCAGGACGGUGGAGCUGGAGGAGAACGGCCGCAAGGAGAUCGACAUCAAGAAAUACGCCAAAGUGGAGAAGAUCCCGGGUGGUUUCAUUGAGGAUUCCUGCGUGCUGAGGGGCAUCAUGGUGAACAAGGACGUGACGCACCCCAGGAUGCGCCGCCUCAUCAAGAACCCGCGCAUUGUGCUGCUGGAUUGUUCCCUGGAGUACAAGAAAGGGGAGAGCCAGACUGACAUUGAGAUCACGCGGGAGGAGGACUUUGCGCGUAUCCUGCAGAUGGAGGAGGAAUACAUCCAGCAGAUCUGCGAGGACCUGCUCAGGGUGAAGCCGGACCUGGUCAUCACCGAGAAGGGCAUUUCAGACCUGGCCCAGCAUUACCUGAUGAGAGCCAACAUCAGCGCCGUGCGCAGGGUGAGGAAGACGGACAACAACCGCAUCGCCAGGGCCUGUGGGGCGCGCAUCGUCAGCCGCACGGAUGAGCUGCGGGAGGAGGACGUGGGCACCGGCGCGGGGCUGUUCGAGGUGAAAAAGAUCGGGGACGAAUACUUUGCCUUCAUCACCGACUGCAAGGAGCCCAAAGCCUGCACCAUCGUCCUGCGCGGGGCCAGCAAGGAGAUCCUGGCGGAGGUGGAGCGCAACCUGCAGGACGCCAUGCAGGUUUGCCGCAACGUGUUGGUGGACCCGCAGCUGGUUCCAGGCGGGGGGGCAGCGGAGAUGGCCGUGUCCCACGCGCUGACCGACAAGUCCAAAGGGAUGACGGGGGUGGAGCAGUGGCCGUACCGCGCCGUGGCGCAGGCGCUGGAGGUCAUUCCCCGCACACUCAUCCAGAACUGUGGGGCCAGCACCAUCCGUGUGCUCACCUCGCUGCGGGCCAAGCACACCCAGGAGGGCAGCCAGACGUGGGGGGUGAACGGGGAGAGCGGAGCCCUGGCUGACAUGAAGGAGUUGGGGGUCUGGGAGCCGCUGGCCGUCAAACUGCAGACCUACAAAACGGCCGUGGAGACAGCCGUCCUGCUGCUCCGCAUCGACGACAUCGUGUCGGGACACAAGAAGAAAGGUGACGAGCACAGCAAGGCAGCGGCACCCACCGAGGCAGCACAGGAGUAAUGGGGAGCCGUGGGGCUGGGAGCUGUGGGGCUGCACUGUGAUCUGUGGGGCCACACGUGGUGCUCAGCUCCCCCCGUGCUGAGGCUGAAUUGGGGUGAAGACCCCGAGUUUCAUUGCCCAAAGUUGUGGGGUGUGAUGUGAUGGUGGGGGUGGGAUGUUGGGGGUGGGCAGCACCUGGGCACUGUUGGGGUUUAAUUUAAGUCUGCCUGUAAUUCGUGCGGUUGCCUCACCAAUAAAAGGCGUCUCACAGCU